AUGACAGCCGCAGCCGCGGCAGCCGCAGCAACCGCAACAGCAGCAGCGACUUCGUUCUUCGGGGUGACAUCGUACUUGGAAACCGCCGUCAACGAAAUUGAAGUUGAAGUUGAAGCUAAAGAGCUGAAGAGAAUUGAGCAGAACCAGUGCCGCGACUCGAUCAACGUCAUCGACGUGCUGCUGGAGAUGCGCAAGUACCGCAUGGGCCUCAUUCAGACGGCCGGCCAGCUGCGCUUCUCCUUCCAGACCAUCAUCGAGGGCUCGAAGAAGAUUCUCGGCAAUGGCAAGGGCAGCCAUUCGGCUGCUGCUGCCGCCAUCGUCAACAGCAGCUCCAGCAGCAACAGCUGCAGACAGGCGGUCCUGAAUAGUAGCAACAACAGUACAGGCAAUGUCAAUGCCGGUGCUGCAGACGUCAAAAUGAUUCAACGACUGAAUGGCGUCAUUGAGGCGGCGAAGCGGAAGAAUGAGGAGGAGGAGGAAGACGAUGAGGAAGAGGAUGAGGUGGACUCUGAUGAGCUCAACGAAGAGAAUGAUGAGCUUGAAGAGGAGGAAGAGGAGGAGGAUGAGGCUGAAGAAGUAGAGGACGAGGACGAUGAUGAUGACAUCAUCCUCGACGGUAGCACCGAACAGCCACCGCCGCCGCCGACAGAGAGCUCCGCCAAUAAUAAAACCUCGGCUUUGGAGAGCGCCGAGCUGCGGAAGGCGCAGCGCGAGGCGAAACGGCAGAAGACCCUGGAGACGAUUCGCGCCAUCAAGCGGAAGCAGAAGGCAGUGGAGGACAG